GACUCUUCCCUUGGCUGACAUACCCUCGAACACCUCCCAGGCUUCCCAUCCCGCCGUCGCCCAAAUGCCGCCGGCGAACCUCACCCCUACCAAAUGGCCCAAGACCCUCACGGCCGAGCACCUCCACCGUCUCGUCCGCGCCGAGCGCGACCCGCGCCGCGCGCUCGCCCUUUUCGACGCGGCCACCGUGGCCGCGUCCGUCUCCACUUCCGCGCCGCCGGCCCCAAUCCUCCCGUCGCCGGACACCGUCUCCCUCCUCACCUCCCGCCUCGCCUCCGCCGGCCUCCUCCCCCUCGCCACCUCCCUCCUCUCCCGCUCGCGCGCGCUCUUCCCUUCUGCCGCCGACCUCGAGCCCCCCUUCCUCACCCUCCUCCGCGCUUUCGCACGCACCCACCGCCCCCUCGCCGCCCUCCAGCUCUUCCGCUCCGCCCCCUCCGCCCUCUCUCUCCCCCACUCCGCCCGCUCCUACACCGCCGUCCUCGCCACCCUCGUCGCCCACUCCCAGCUCCCCCUCGCCCAAUCCCUCCUCGCCGACAUGCGCGCCGCCGGUUUCGCCCCCACCACCGCCACCUACAACGUCCUCCUCAAGGCCCACUGCUCCGACGCCGCCGCUCCCAUCGACGACGCCGUCCGCCUUUUCCGCAACAUCCGCAAACCCGACGCCUGCUCUUACAACACCCUCAUUGAUGGGCUCUGCCGCCGCAGCCGCCGGGCCGAGGCCCUCCAGCUGUUCUCCGAGAUGGCAGCAAAUGACAUUGCGCCUACGGUGGUUACUUACACGACUGUUAUCAGUUGGCUCGCCCGGGAGGCUUGCUUGGACGAUGCACUGGAGAUGUUUGACGAAAUGGCGAAGAGAGGUAUUGCACCGAAUGUUAUCACCUAUAGCUCUCUGAUUGACGGGUUGUGCAAGGGUGGGCGCGCAGCAUCGGCACUGGAGUUGCUGGAUAGGAUGGUCAAGGAGAAGAAGCUGCCAAAUACAAUCACAUAUAGCUCUGUGAUUAAUGGUCUCUGCAAGGAAGGCCGGCUGAGGGACGCUAUGGAAAUUUUGGACCGGAUGCGUCUCCAGGGGAGGAAGCCUGAUGCUGGAUUGUUCGGGAAGCUAAUUGUUGGGCUGUGUGAUGCAGGAAGGGCUGCCGAGGCUGCAAAUUACCUAGAUGAGAUGGUUCUUGCUGGCGUUCAACCCAACCGCGUGACUUGGAGCUUGCACGUCAAGAUAAAUGAUGCAGUGGUGGCAGCAUUAUGUGCUAGGGGUGAAGUUGAGAGGGCUUUCCGGGUUUACCAGAGCAUGAGGACGCGUGGCAUUUCUACUGAGCCAGGCACUUUUCAUCUCCUGGUCGAGUUCUUCUCCAAAAAGAACAAUUUGGAGAAAGCAGCUCAUGUUGUGCUAGACAUGCUGUCAGAGAGGUGCAUCCCUGAGAGAGAAACAUGGGAUGUUAUUAUCAGUGGGUAUUGGAGUAAGAAGAAGGUGAGACAAGAAGCUGAGAAAAUGUGGAAGCAGUUAGCAGUCACCUGAUUUGGAAUAAAUGUGGUGCUACACUGUGCUAGUACAUGAUGUGCCUGAGCUCUCAGCAAGCUAAAUUGUCCCUUGAGGUAGUAACAUAUUUCUCUUUCCAUCAUGAUGUUUACACAAGCGAGAUAGUAUCAUCACAUCGGUGUUUCCAUUUCUGGGAUUAUGUGAUGUACUGAAGUUCAUUAUUUGUAUACAUUUUGAAGCUACAAGCAAGCCGGCAGUGUUCAGGAACUAGGGCGAACUAAUACUUUGAAGACCCAAACUAUUGUGUAGAUACCGGAAAGCCAAUGCCAUGGCGGGUGGUUGGGAAGCUGACAAAUAGCAUGCUUCCAAUAACUCCAAUAGCAACUGGUAAUGUUGUGAGUACUUGCUUUGUAUCCUCUGAUGGUAUUGGAUAGAAGCAAGAAACCACAUUUUGAUCAAACAGAGCUAUUGCAACAAAAAUCAUCGCGGAGACAGUUGCAUGGACAAAGUCUAGAAAUUUUAUCUUGUAUUCAACUGCAGCCUGUGGAUCAAGAGUAGCGCCACCAUCAAUGACCCAUAACCCCUUGAACGUGGCAAACCCGUAUCUUACCUUUCCUUUCUCAUCCCUGAAGCUAUCUGUGAAGCUAAGAACAAAGCAUGACAGUGUACAUAGUAUCACAAGCCCUCCUGCCAUCAUCCGAUUCAUGUCACCGCAGUGGCCUUGUUUUGCCAGGGUUGGAGCAAGGAGCUGGAAGGCAAGGACAGUGCCUGAUGGGAGGAGUUUGGCGAGGUGCCCGGUGCUCUUGUAUGUUUGUCCUAUUGCUUUCUGCAUGGGGCUCAAGUUGUUGUUGCCAUCAGUUCUGUUUGACAACAGAGGAUGCCUCUGAUUUUGCUGCAAUUCCAUGUCUGGCUGUGGAGCAGCCAUUGUUGUUGUUUCCCUCUGAUUUAACUGGUCUUGGAGGAUCUUGAACCUAGGGAAGAGAAGAUGGGGAUUGUAGCCUUCAAUGGAUGAAUGGAAGAGAUUUCAAGGGAAUGAAGCUGGUGGCCGGUUUCUUUUGCUGCCCUGUUUGGUUUGGUGUAGCUGUGAGUUUUUGGCUGCUUUUCCUGGCGAUAGAUCGAGAGAACAUGGAGGAUUUGAGGCGCUGCAGUUUCUCUCUUGCAUUGCAGCUAUUAUAACCGCACGAUUUGGGUAACAGAAGGAACUGUAGUUAUUCUGGGUAUUACUUUUUUAAGUUAUGUUUUGUGGUGGUUACGCAAGUGCCUGCUGUCAUUGCUAAUUUAUCUCGGAGGCUUCCAUUUCCCUACCCUGGAAUUGGACACAGUCAACUGUCAAGUACCAUGACAUGAAGGGCAGGAGAUCUUCUCUCCAAUUAGCCUUGCUGCUCUGUUGUGCCAUGUGUGGUGAUGCAACUGCAGCAAUCGCUACCCACCGUGAUCCGUCAGACCAAACACUCUAGUCCAGCUGAUUUGUACUAUUUGUGUCGUGGGAAAUGGACAGUAGUACUAUGUUAUUAUCAUUACGAUGCAUUUGUGUGUUAGAAUUACAUCCAUGGAAAUCUGUAAGUUUUGUUUUGUUAAUAACUGAGAUUAAGGCCUCCAUCAGUUCCAUUAACUGACGGGCUGCAUCGCCUAAACAUAGCGGUGCCACAAAAAUGUAAGCAUGUGUUUAGUUCAUUGCUACAGUUGUUGUUUGCUACACUUUCUUAGCUAUA